GUUUGAGGGAGCUCUGGAAAGGAAUAAGCAGGAUGGGAUUGGCUGGUGCUGUGAGAUGUACAGACAUCAAAGUCUUGUGGCUUGCAGACGAGGCACUGUUGCUCUUUCCGCCUUGCUGCAAUUGGGAUACGAGAGUCCAAGACACGGGAGGCUUUUUCGCCUGCAGCCUUGCAUGUGUGAGCUCUGUCAGGUUUCGUAUUCUUGUGAAUACGGAUCUACCCGUUUUUUGCAACAAUUUGUACAGAGACUCCAGAAUUCUGUAUCAAAUCACUGCAGCUCGUAUUCUUCCGCCUGCAGUUGCAACAUGACCGGAGUACUUUGCAGAAGUAACGCAGUCCACAUCGAUCGAUGUUGGCAUGCUCCUCAAAAAUUGCAACUCUUCCAAAUCAGAUAA